ACACUUACAGAAAAGCAUAGUAUGGAUGUGUAUUCGUGAGACUGGGUGAAUGAGACUUGUAGUAGAAAGCACUUUGAGUGCUCAAUUUGAGUAAAAAGGAGUCUUUGAGUGGCUUUGAGGCGAUUGUUAUGAUUUAGCACUAUAUAAUAAAAAUGAAUUUAAUAUAAGUAACAUGUUUACCAAAAUUGAUUGAAUGUGGUCAAAAGCUAAACCUCCGGUUAUGUUUAGCUUUCCCAAAAUAAAACUAUUUUCUUUCACCCACUACAAACUAAAUCCUACUUCAAAGUUGUUGACAUUAUCUUUGCAGCCUCUUUGUCCAUAUUUUGCACUCUUAUGUCUGCAUGCUGCUCCAUGGUUAAGACAUCGUUGUGACACAAUUUAAAGUGACCACAUGUGUUGGGGGGGUCGUUGCUCGUUCACCAAUUCACAUGCAAAUGAACCCACAUAUAGACUGCACACAGUGCAUUCCCCACCCCACCCCGUUUCCUCCUCUCUGUGCUCACUGCUGCUGGGAUCGCCCCGGCCAUCUGUCCCACUGACGGCCUCUAACGGCUCUUUGGAUUACACAGCAACUAACCAACCUCCAGUCUGGUCGGCUCCUGGCAGCGCCUGGGUUAAACUGCAAAAACAUGGCCCCCAUCAGCAGCAGCACACACGGCCUUGACAGAGUGGAUGACUGCGGUGGGGUCAGACCUGACAGAAAGAUAAGAAAACCUCUGGUUGAGAAGAAAAGAAGGGCUCGCAUCAAUGAAAGUUUACAAGAACUCAAAGUCCUUAUCGCCGACGAAGACUUCCAGUCAAAGAUGGAGAAUGCCGAAGUGCUGGAGAUGGCAGUGAAACGAGUGGAAGGCGUUCUUCAAAGGCGUGCUCAAGAAGUGGAUUCUGUGCACCGGGAUGUCUGUGAGCGUUUCGCUGCCGGAUACAUCCAGUGUAUGCACGACGUCCACACAUUUGUGUCCAACUGCCCGGGGAUUGACCCAACAGUGGCAGCGGAGCUGUUGAAGCACCUUCUGGAAAGUAUGCCACUUAACAACAACGAGUACCACCGAGUGAUGCUCCCGGACAUCGUAGCGUACAGCCCCGGCUAUAACAGCACUUGGUCCCUGUCUGAGAGCAUUCACACAGCCCUGGUGUCCCCAGCACCCUCCACCACCUCCAGCGACGACCUCUGCUCUGACCUGGAUGAGACCGACUCAGAGCAAAGCCAGGUUUCUUCUGAGGAGGAGGCAGACGGUCAAGAAGCGUUGUCCUGCCUAACUUGCUCUAAAGCUCUUUGGAGACCAUGGUAGACAAUUUAAGGUGGAAUAGGAGUUUAUUUUUAGUCGAAACAAUAGCUUGGGUUAGAGAUAGGCCAACACUGCGGGCAUCCGAUAAACUCUUUGUAAAGAUAUUCUAAUAUAUCUUUACAGAGCUUAGUGACCUUGUUUGGGCCUGCUGACUGAUGUAAAUAUGUACUUGUUCAAUAUAACUGCUGUAUAGAAAGUAGACCCCCACCAGAAAUGCACUGAUAUGAGUGUGUGUAAAUUAUUUCCUAAUUAGGAUCUGUUGAAUAUUCUAUUUAUACAUGUCAGAUGACUGUUAGUAGGCUACCUCAUCUAAGUUAAGCUGAAACUUUUUAAUAAAUAUUUUAGGGGAAAAAA